UCACUGGUGUUUUCAGUGUUUUAAAAUGAAUCUUUUGACAGUGCAGUCUUACCGUUUUAAUUCUUUCCAUGUAUUUUUUUUUGUUUCCUUUACAGUACUCUGUGCAAAAAACUUGGUGAAAAAGGAUUUUUUCCGACUUCCUGAUCCAUUUGCUAAGGUGGUGGUUGAUGGAUCUGGGCAAUGCCAUUCUACAGAUACUGUGAAGAAUACACUUGAUCCAAAGUGGAAUCAGCAUUAUGACCUGUAUAUUGGAAAGUCUGAUUCAGUUACGAUCAGUGUGUGGAAUCACAAGAAGAUCCAUAAAAAACAAGGUGCUGGAUUUCUUGGUUGUGUUCGACUUCUUUCCAAUGCCAUCAACCGCCUCAAAGACACUGGUUAUCAGAGGUUGGAUCUGUGCAAACUUGGGCCAAAUGACAAUGAUACGGUUAGAGGACAGAUAGUAGUAAGUCUUCAGUCCAGAGACCGAAUAGGCACAGGAGGACAAGUUGUGGACUGCAGUCGUUUAUUUGAUAAUGAUUUACCAGAUGGCUGGGAAGAAAGGCGAACUGCCUCUGGAAGAAUUCAGUAUCUAAACCAUAUAACAAGAACUACGCAAUGGGAACGCCCAACACGACCAGCAUCUGAAUAUUCAAGUCCCGGCAGACCUCUUAGCUGCUUUGUUGAUGAGAACACUCCAGUUAGUGGAACAAAUGGUGCAACGUGUGGACAGUCUUCAGAUCCCAGGCUGGCCGAGAGGAGAGUCAGGUCACAGCGACAUAGAAAUUACAUGAGCAGGACACAUUUACAUACUCCUCCAGACCUACCGGAAGGCUAUGAACAGAGGACAACACAGCAAGGUCAGGUGUAUUUCUUACAUACUCAGACUGGUGUGAGCACGUGGCAUGAUCCAAGAGUGCCUAGGGAUCUUAGCAACAUCAAUUGUGAAGAGCUUGGUCCACUGCCUCCUGGAUGGGAGAUCCGUAAUACUGCAACAGGCAGAGUUUAUUUCGUUGACCAUAACAACAGAACAACACAGUUUACAGAUCCUCGGCUCUCUGCUAACUUGCAUUUAGUUCUAAAUCGGCAGAACCAGUUGAAAGACCAACAGCAACAGCAAGUGGUAUCGUUAUGCCCCGAGGACGCAGAGUGUCUGACAGUCCCACGGUACAAGCGAGACCUGGUUCAGAAACUAAAAAUUUUGCGGCAGGAACUUUCCCAACAACAGCCUCAAGCUGGUCAUUGCCGCAUUGAAGUUUCCAGGGAAGAGAUUUUUGAGGAAUCAUAUCGGCAGGUCAUGAAAAUGAGACCAAAAGAUCUGUGGAAGCGAUUAAUGAUAAAAUUUCGUGGAGAAGAAGGCCUUGACUAUGGAGGGGUUGCCAGGGAGUGGUUAUAUCUGUUGUCACAUGAAAUGUUGAAUCCUUACUAUGGCCUCUUCCAGUAUUCAAGAGAUGAUAUCUAUACCUUGCAGAUCAAUCCUGAUUCUGCGGUUAAUCCGGAACAUUUAUCAUAUUUCCACUUUGUUGGACGAAUAAUGGGAAUGGCUGUGUUUCAUGGACAUUAUAUUGAUGGUGGUUUCACAUUGCCUUUUUAUAAACAGUUGCUUGGGAAGUCAAUUACUUUGGAUGACAUGGAGUUAGUUGAUCCAGAUCUUCAUAACAGUUUGGUGUGGAUACUUGAGAAUGAUAUUACAGGUGUUUUGGACCAUACUUUCUGUGUCGAACAUAAUGCAUAUGGUGAAAUUAUUCAGCAUGAACUUAAACCAAAUGGCAAGAGUAUCCCUGUUACUGAAGAAAAUAAAAAAGAAUAUGUCAGGCUCUAUGUGAACUGGAGAUUUUUACGAGGCAUUGAGGCGCAAUUCCUGGCUCUGCAGAAAGGAUUUAAUGAAGUAAUUCCACAGCAUCUGCUGAAGACAUUUGAUGAGAAGGAGCUAGAGCUCAUUAUCUGUGGACUCGGAAAGAUAGAUGUUAAUGACUGGAAGGUAAACACCCGGUUAAAACACUGCACACCAGAUAGCAAUGUCGUCAAGUGGUUCUGGAAGGCUGUGGAGUUUUUUGAUGAGGAGCGAAGAGCGCGGUUACUUCAGUUUGUGACGGGAUCAUCUAGAGUGCCGCUGCAGGGCUUCAAAGCUCUACAAGGUGCUGCGGGCCCACGACUCUUCACCAUUCACCAGAUUGACGCCUGCACCAACAACCUGCCCAAAGCCCACACUUGCUUCAAUCGAAUAGACAUUCCGCCCUAUGAAAGCUAUGAAAAGUUAUAUGAAAAGCUGCUAACAGCCAUUGAAGAAACAUGUGGGUUUGCUGUGGAAUGACAGACUUCAAGGAUUUCCCCAGGACUCUAUUUAUACCCUGACCGCCAGCCUCCUUUCAGCAAAGUUUCGCGGAAUGCGGAAAUACAGGAAAAUGCCCGCCCCCCCCCCUUAAGAAUUUUUCUAGGACACUGUGAGGGGAAAGGACAAUUUUGAAAUUCCUUUUCAAGGAAAAAAAAAGAGGUCUUUAUGCUUUGCCAUGAGGCCAUACUCAGCUGCUAUUUAAAAUUAAUAUCUUGAACCUAAAGAAUGCUGACUUUUCCUACAUUUCCAGAGUUAGGCAGUAUUCUACACUUAAAGACUACUACUAUUUUUAUAAAAGGUAAUCUAUUCAAAUCGCUCCACAGAUUUCAAGUCUCUCAAACAUCAAGACACCUUCAGCAGUCGGUACACAUCACAUUUCAUUUUGAUUGAAUACAUGAUCUUGAACAGCUCCUGUACUUGCUCUUUGUAAAAAAAAAAAAAAAAAAAAAAAAAAAGAAAUAAAAUUAUUUUGAAUUAUUCUACCUUUGUAAACAAUUGGCUAAAGGAAUCAUUAUCUUUAAAAAAAAAUUAAGCCAUUUACACAUUUAAUUACAUUUUUCUCUAGCAAAACAUUGUAUUUUAAAAGCAUUAUAUGUUUCAACCUAGACUAAGUGAGUCUUUUGUAUAUUUUUCAAGUACGAACUUCCUGGAAUACAGCCACAUGAUUUUGGUUGUCAGAUUCCUAAUGCAACCAUUUAGUCUAAACUUAGUAGCUUAUUGAUACAGUCAGAUACAUUCAGGGGCUCCUUGUUUUUAAGAGACUUUUUAAAAAAAAUCCUAAUUUUUUAUCUUGAAUCAAUAUGAUCAGGUAUUUUGGAUUUACUUCUCAUCUUAAAUGGAAACAUACUGCAUUUUUAUAGCUCCUCAGAUCGUGUGGUUGGGAUGGGAUUUUCAUUCUUUUGCUGGGUCAGCUUAUCUUUAAUAUAUAUAAUACUAUUUCUGUAAACCAAAGUCUCCUAUGACAAGUGCACCUAAUUUAUAUUUUAAUUACGGUUUAACUUUCUAUCAAGUAAACUACCCAGAAUCUUUGUUUAGCUGCUCAUGAGCUAAAAUUAUAACAAAGGAAAAAUUUUAUUCAGGCAGCUUAGAAAAUCCUGUUUUUACCUAAUAAAAUGAAGGUGGGGUAGGGGGUGGGGUAGGACAGGGGGUAGGAUUACUGAAGAAAUAGUGAUUCUAAAUCUCUGGUAUAAAUUACUUUAUAACUGAAGAAUUCAUUUUGGAGGUAAGGGAAUCCCAGUUCCCUUGGUGUUGAUCAGCAUCUGAUUUUGAAAUAUCCAGAUUUAGCUUUCAAGGUGUGUGGCAUGUUGCAUAAUCCAGAAGGCAACCAAAAUUCCGGAGUUAGGGAUUGAAAAACUCUGAAAUCAUGGAUGGAUUUUUAAAUUCAGCUGUCAGAAAUCUGCACUAUAUAUAUAUAUAUUUUUUUUUUUUUUCUUACACCGAUGUGAAUCAAGAGGGGCAAAUUUUGAUGAUAGCUCUGUUGAAAUUUUGCAGCUUAAUUAUCAAGUGAAUAGGUCCUCUUUGUGUUCUUCCGUUUGAUGGAUUGGUUUUCAGUCUGUGUUCAUGAGCCAAGGGGUUCCUCAGAGGUGCCUCAGAAGUAAUGGUCUAAGGGAGGAGGGACAGAAAGGGAGAGGAAAGGCCUAGCUGGUAUUUGAGCAGGAGCCUCUAACUACCCCCCCCCCCCCCCUUUACCAGAGCAGCUCCCAAUUUCUCUCUUGUGUGUUUUGGAAUUCCAAGUAAGCUUCCAUGGGGUGGGAGGUUGGGGGAGGGGAUAUAAAAGAAGUGGAAAUUUUGCUGUUUAAAAAAGUUGAGAACUACGUGUGUAGUUUCUGAGUAUUCGAAUUUAUUUCAUUCAGCCAAAUUGGACUGCUACAUGCAAGCUAGUCAUAGUCAUACCGUGCAGUGGUAAAUGUGCUUCUGCUGACCUUCUCCUUCCCAGACACCUUGUGUUUUCCUGCCGCAUUCUCAGUACUACCUAAGAACAUCUUGAAACGUGCCGAAAAGGUUUCUGAACUAUUUGAUUAUCAGCUUUCCGCUUUCCCGCUAGUACCAUAUUGGUUGCAGGUCCGUCUCUUUUGUAUUAUAUUAAAGCACUAGUGCAGUGUAAUCGUGCCUACUCGUAGAACCUUCCAGAAAGUGAGUACAUGAUGAACACUUUAGAGAUGUCCUAACUGACGGAUGCAGUAAUGAAUGCGACUAUCAUAGUGUACAAUAAAGCAGGCUAAUACCAUUGCUUUUGAGUGCCUUUUUAACUUUAUAAUAAUGACUUAAUAGAGCUUUAAAAGAAAUCUACCCUAACAGUCUGUGGUAUCACCAACACGAUUUAGAAAGACAUGAUUAGAUUUCAUUUUCAAAAUUAUGUUCCCUGAUGACUUCCAAACAGGUGCUAAGCAAACAAAACCCCCACCGUGUCAUUGAAUCUGGGACUUGCACCUCAUGUGUAAUGUGAAUAUUUAUUUCCACAUGUCCCUCUUAGCUGGGUUUUUUCUAAUCCCUCCCUCCAGUCGUGUUAUUUCAGAUACGUGACGUCACGUUUCCAUACACCGCCUCUCCACCAUGAACGCUUAAUCACGAACAGUGAUUAUUUGUAGAGCUCAUACGCAGGACAGAGCACAGGAACUGGGCCUGAAGAUGGAGACACACAUCAGAUUCAACCUUGCAGACCACUCACUCCUCCCGGACGUGAUGGCAUGGCAAGAAGGUGGAGAACCAUCGAGACCAGAAGGGAAAAGUUCUUUUUAAAAAUGGAGGACUCUAACACUCACUGGCACCAACUGUCAAUAUAACAGGAGCUGGACGGGACAUCUGCUUGCUUUGGAGUAUCCCGCGGGUUCUAUCAACUUCCCAGAAACAAAGAAAAGGCAACCGGUGUGCGUGAGCAGGGUGAGGCUACAGCUGGAGUAGCAGGCAGGACUGCCCAUCGCUGCCGCCGCUACCAAUAUGUAGGCCUCCCGAAGAGAAGAAGAUCUGGAACCACUAAUACAAAUUAAAAGUAAAGAUUUACAUCAUAUUACUUUUCUUUAGAAAAACAAGUGCCAUAAAAAUAGACACAAAGAUCAAAAGAACAGAAUAGAGAGCCCAGAAAUAAACCCAUGCUUAUAUGGUCAAUUAAUCUACAACAAAGGAGGUAAGAAUAUACGAUGGGAAAAUAGUCUCUUCAAUAAAUGAUGUAGGAAAGUGGACAGCUACAUGCAGAAGAAUGAAGCUGGAGUACUUCAACACACCAUACACAAAAAUUACCUCAAAAUGGAUUAAUAAACAACUAAAUGUGAGACAAGAAACCAUAAAACUUCUAGAAGAAAACACAGGCAAGUAAUCUCUUUGACAUCAGCUUUAGUAAUGUUUUUGUGGUAUGUCUUCUCAGGCAAGGGAAACAAAAGCAAAAAUAAACUAUUGGGACUACACCAAAAUAAAAAGCUUCUGCACAGUGAAGGGAACCAUCAACAAAGUGAAAAGACAAACUACUGAAAACACGAGAAGACAUUUGCAAAUGAUAUGUCUGAUAGAGGAUUAAUACCCAAAAUAUAUAAAAAACUGAUAUAACUCAACACCAGAAAAACCCAGAUUAAAAAAUGGGCACAGGACCCGAAUAGACGUUUUUCCCAAAGAAAACAUACAGAUAGCCAACAGACACAAGGUGCUCAACAUCACUAAUCAUCAAGGGAAAUGCAAAUCAAAAUCACAAUGAGAUAUGGCUAGACUCAAAAAGACAAGAAAUAACAAGCAUCGACAAAGAUUUCAUGUGAAGAGAAAGGAAUUCUUGUGCACUGUUGGUGGAAAUGGAAAUUGGUAUAGCCACUAUGGAAAACAGUAUGAAGGUUCCUCAAAAAAGUAAAAAUAAAAAUACCACAUGAUCCAGUAAUUCCACUACUGUGUAUUUACCCAAAGAAAAAAACACUAACUUGAAAAGAUAUAUGCAUCCCUGUUUAUUGCAGUACUUACAACAGCCAAGAUACGGAAAUAACCCAAGUGUCACUGAUAAAUGAAGGGAUAAAAGAGAUGUGGUGUACAUGUAUACACACACACACACACACACACAAUUACUUAGUCAUAAAAAAGAAUGAGACCUUGCCAUUUACAACAUGGAUAGACUUAGUAUUAUGCUAAGUGAAAUAAGUCAGAGAAAGACAAAUACAAUUUCACUCACAUAUAGAAUCUAAAAAAACAUAUGAACAAAAAAAAAGAAGAAACAGAUCCACAAAUACAGAGAACUGAUGUUUUCCAUACAGGAAGAAGUAGGGAGAAUGGGUAAAAUGGGUAAAGUGGAGUGAGGUACAUAGGCUUCCAGUUAUGGAAUGAAUAAGUCACAGGGAUGAAAGGUACAGUAAAAGAAUAUAGUCAAUGGUAUUAUAAUAAUGUAUGAUGACAGAUGGUAGCUAUACUUGUGGUGAGACUAGCAAAUAUAUGGAGUUGCCAAAUCACUAUGUUGUACAUCUGAAACUAAUGUAAUAUUGUGUCAACUAUACUUCAAUUAAAAAAAUUACUAAUAUGUACUAUAUGGUUACAUUUUAAAAAAUCAUAUGAGAUACACAUUUGCGUAUCUGUAAGGAAAGAAAUCAAAAUGUUAACAGUGGUUUUCUCUAGGUCAGAGGUUGGCAAACCAUAGCCCAAGGUCCAAAUCUGACUCAUCAACUGUUUUUGUAAAUAAAAGUUGUUUUAAGGUUUUAAGUAAUCUCUACAUCCAACAUGAGGCUUGAACUCACAAACCGGAGAUCAAGAGUCACACACUCUACUGACUAAGCCAGUCAGGCACCACUGUAAAUAGCUUUAUUGGAACACACUCAUAUACAAAGAGGUGCCAGAACUGCAGGAACGCUGUUAUGGGGGUAUAUCCCUGAGCUAGGAAUCUUGGCUGAUACAAUAAAAAAAUUUAUAGGUCAAAUUGUUUUGUCUAAUUUUUGAAU